AUGGCGCCCUGGGCGAACCCCCCCUUCAGCGCCCCGUGUUGCCCCGGGCAACAUGCCCCUGGGCGGCUGCCCAUGUCGCUUAGUAAGAAACAUGCCAACAAGGUCCGUCUCUUCUACAUGCUUCACCCUGAGGACGGAGGACCUCCCUCCAAGAGACUGAGACCUGACAACGCUGAUAGUGAGGAGACAGCUGUGGAUGGUAACAAGUGUUGUAGUCUGUGUAACAUGUUCUUUACCUCAGCCAUAGUGGCCCAGUCCCACUACCAGGGAAAGACCCAUGCUAAGAGCGUCAAACUAGUGUUGGGCUCCUCACCUACUAUUUCUACUACCCCUCCCACAGACUCCUCCCCCUGUCCAUCCGACACGCCCCCUCUGCCAAUGCCGCCUCCCCCAGCCCCUCCCAUUACCUGGCUAGUGACCAAUGGCAACACAGCGUGUAGGUCGUGCUUCCUGUGUGGGGCAUGGUUCAACAACCCAGCGAUGGCCCAGCAGCACUACGAGGGGAAGAAGCACCGGCGGAACGCAGCCAGGAGACAACUACUGGAACAACUAGCUGAUAACCUGGACAGCAACCAGAACACAGGUUAG